AUGGCCACAACAGCUGCUGGCCGUAUGCUGGCCCGCCAGCUCCAGCAGAUGCAGUCGGAUAAGGACAUUCCAGGCAUCAGCUGCGGACUGGUGGAUAGUAAUGUCUUUGAGUGGGAAGUGAUGCUGAUGAUUUCCGACGAUGUCAAGUUGUACGGCGGAGGUUUCUUCCGUGCUCGACUCUCCUUCCCUCCCGAGUAUCCGCACAUGCCACCGAAGAUGAAGUUUGAGAGCCCCGUCUUCCACCCGAACAUCUACCCCAACGGCGAAGUCUGUAUCUCCAUUCUCCAUCCCCCCGAAGAAGACAAGUACGGCUACGAAUCCGCCGCCGAGCGCUGGUCCCCCGUGCAGACCCCCGAGACCAUCCUGCUGUCCGUCAUCUCCAUGCUCUCGAGUCCGAACGACGAGAGCCCGGCCAACGUCGAGGCUGCUCGGCUAUGGAGAGAAGAUCCGGCUGAGUUUAAGAAGCGCGUUCGCAGGUGUGUCCGCGAGAGUCUGGGGGAGGACUAG